AUGGAAGGACUGGGAGGGAACGUCCCUUCAAAUCAAUGCAGGAAUUUUCUGUCUGCCUCUGCAUUUGGAGCUCAUCACAACUCGUUAUCUUCGGGUCCCGCUUACUCCGUCGGAGAUCGAACGCAUUCUGUCAUUUCUGAAUCUGCUAAGCAAUGUAGCCCAUGCCCAGCUCCGACAAGCCCUCCAAACCCAGCGAUCAGCUACGGCUAUCAUUUUGGAAGCAGCUAUUACAGUUGUCGAAAUGUUGGCAUUCAGCAAACUGGACUGAAAUCUGGUGCGCAUGCAUCUCUAGCCGGCUACCCAGUGGACAAAUACAUGGACGUUUCGGGUUUGACGAACACCCCUGUUCCCACUGACGAGGUGUCAUCCCGGGCAAAAGAAUUUGCAUUUUAUCAGAGCUACCCCAAUCCAUACCAACGGGUCUCUGGCUAUUUGGACGUUCCAGUAGUCCCCACAAUAAGCGGUCACGGAGAGCCAAGGCAUGAAGCCUUAAUUUCCAUGGAGGGCUAUCAGCCUUGGUCAUUUGCUAAUGGCUGGAACGGUCAAGUGUAUUGCCCGAAAGAUCAGACACAGACUCCACAUUUUUGGAAAUCUCCUCUUUCAGGAGAUGUGAUGCACAAUCAGACUGAUAUAAACAUUUACAGGCGAGGGAGGAAAAAAAGGGUUCCUUAUACGAAAACCCAGCUUAAAGAACUGGAGCGAGAAUACGCCACAAACAAAUUCAUAACCAAGGAAAAAAGGCGAAGGAUAUCAACAGCCACCAACCUUACCGAAAGACAAGUUACCAUUUGGUUUCAGAACAGAAGAGUCAAGGAGAAGAAAGUGGUUUCCAAAGUCAAAGAAAAUAUACCUUGA